AGAGAGAGAGAGAGAGAGAGAGAGAGAGAGAGAGGACAGGUGGAGGUGUGGACAGGUGAGGAGAGAGAGAGGGAGCACACACUCACUCUGAAGCUCACUUUACCUGUAGCUCAGGUGAGAGAGAGGGGAGAGCGGCAGGCUGGAUCCGCAGUAUGCUGAGGGAGUCCCCUCACCUGGAAAGAUGUACGUGAGCUACCUGCAGCUGGAUAAGGACCCGACCAUGUACCCGCACCAGAACCCGGUGACCCGCCACCCGGGUAUCAGCAUCAGCCCGCAGAACUUCGCGGUACCGGGCCCGCCGCAGUACUCCGACUUCAGCUACCACCACCACCACCACGGCCUCAACAACGACCUGCACCCGGGGCAGCAGGCCGGGCCGGGCGGCGGCUGGAGCCCGGCCUACCCGCCUCCUCCGCCCCCCCGGGACGACUGGUCGUCUCAUCACUACGCCGCCGCGGCAGCAGCCGCCGCGGCCGGCGGGGCCCCCGCCUCGUCCACCGGAGCGGUGGGGCCCCCGCUGGGCUUCAGCCCCCCGGAGUUCACCGGGCAGUCACCUGCGCUGCUGCCCGCGUCCCUAAACGCGUCGACGGGGCAGCUGUCCCCCGGAUCCCCGCAGAGGAGGAACCCGUACGACUGGAUACGACGCAGCUCCGCUCCGCCCAGCAACCCCAACGGGAAGACGCGGACUAAAGACAAGUACCGGGUGGUUUACACCGACCACCAGCGGCUGGAGCUGGAGAAAGAGUUUCACUACAGUAAAUACAUCACCAUCAGGAGGAAGGCGGAGCUCGCCACAACACUCAGCCUAUCAGAGAGACAGGUGAAGAUCUGGUUCCAGAACCGCCGGGCCAAAGAACGCAAAAUCAACAAGAAGAAGCUCCAGCAGCCGGCCUCCUCCACGACCACGCCCACACCUCCGGCCGGCACCAACGGCAGCGGAGGAGGCGGCCUCCAUGGAAACGGCGGGAGCAGCGUUGCUAUGGUGACGAGCAGCAGCGGCAGCAACGGGCUGGUGUCGCCCUCCUCCCUGCCUUUGAACAUCAAAGAGGAGUACUGAGGAGGAGGAAGAUGUUUGAUUGGACGCUCGUGUCGGGGACGUGGACUAAAAAUUCUCCCCGACAAACUGAAAAAAACUUUCUGCAUCACUUCCCCGCUCUCUGACAACUUCCUGUCCGCCAUUUUUAAAGAUAAAGCUUGUUAAAAAAAGUUGAGAAACACAGACGGAAGACGUCACCAGCAACUCUUCCUCUCCCAUCAUCCUGCCCUCCUUUUCUUCAAACUCACAGAACUUUAUUUUAAUUCCGACGGAGAUCCAAAAACGCCCAAAGAAACCAAAACGAUGACGAGACGUGUUGAAUAUUUCCAUUUGAUGGAACGAUGCAGCCAUAAAAAAAACACGUCCUGGUAUCAGCAGAUAGAGGAUUCACUGUAUUUUACUGUCAGACAGUGUUGAAUAUAUGUUUGAACUCUAAAGCUACUUAAUAUUCAGGCUAAAUCCAGUUUCCAGAUGUUUGUUUGAUGAUGAUACACACUGUAUAAACAACACAAAUCCUGUUUUAUUAAGAAAUGUUUUCUCUACCUGCAGAGGACAAUAAAGUCUGCUGACAGUAACAGAAUCACUGCAGGCUUCUCGUUGUGAUCUGUGGCUGCAGAUCGUCGGGUCGUCAACACGACGCUGUUUCAUGAAUCACAACAAACUCUGUGUGUGACCUGCAGGAUGCACAGCUGAACUCUCAGGAUCCACUGCUUCGAUGUUUCCUGCUCCACACACUGUACAGUAAACGUCUUGUAAAUGUUCAUGAUUUCACCCAUCAGAAUGUAUCAUGUGUAUAUUUUGAAAUGUAAAACAUCUUAAGAAGGUUAAACUGCCUGAACGAUGAGAGCGACGUGAGCUCGGGUUGAAUAAUUAGUUCAAAGAUGUGUGAAAAUGUAAAAGCAGCUAAAAAAAACCCCAAGAUAAAUAAAACUUUAAAAUAUGAAAUUCAAUUAACGAA